AUGUCAUCAGACGUUAUCAUUGACGACUACCAAGACGAUAUUAUGCAUGAUGAACCAGUACAGAUACCCAUGUACGUCGAAAACACCAGGAAUGCCUCAUCAAUCUCACGGGACCACCAUUCAGCUUUGGCCCAAUCGGCUUACAAAGACCUCUGUUUCUCCUGUAGAAUUGGAGAUUAUGAUACCGCAGAGUCUAUUAUUACAUCGACACCAGACCUUGAUAUCAACAUGGUGGAUGAGUGGAACUACACACCUUUGAUCCUUGCGUCUCUUUGUGGGCACAAAAAUGUGGUUCAAAUGUUGCUUUCAAGAGGUGCAGUUUGUGAUCGUGAUACCUUACAAGGAGCCAGAUGUAUCUACGGAGCACUCAACGAUGAGAUUCGGGACAUUUUGAUCAGUUUUGAUAUCUCCAAAAAGGAUGCUGUGCAACCAUUUGCGAGCCAUCUCAUCUCGCUCUUGAACCCUUUAAAUGAACUUCGAUACAAUGAUAUCGUACUUUCUUCUGAUACGGAAUUUUACUUGAAUCGAUUUGUCCUAGCAUUAAGAGGUGAUCUUUUUCGAAAAUAUCUCGCAAAAGAUGGGCAGUGGGCUACAAGCACCGAGGUAGUUGUUCCCAAGUCGUUUUCGUCUACGAUAUUAAAAUGUAUUGUGGACUACAUAUAUGUGAAAACCGACACUUUACCGUUAAACAACUCACAGAUUCAAAGAUAUUUGUUCGAAGCAUGUAAUGAGUUUCAACUCGAUGAAUUGAAAAGCUCCAUGGAAACAGUUUUGAGCGAGCCGGACCGUCGAUUACAGGCAAAAGCUCGCCAUCAAAUGGAAUAUAAUAUAGUUAAGACGGCACAGGAGGACCUAGAGCGAUUCGUUGACGAAGUGCUAUUGAAGAGCAAGAUCGAAGUGCCGCUCGAUGUGAAGCUGGAUACUGAUUUCGACGAUUUUGAGCCAAGUCGCUUUAUUAGCGACGACAUGAAAAGGCAGGUUUUAGAGUCAGAGACGUUUGCCGAUAUUCUCUUGGCGGUUGUAGAUACCGACAGCAUGAAGGUGGUUUUCUAUCCAGUGCACAAGGCUAUUGUUGCCCGGUCAGAGUAUUUUGAAACCAUGUUCAAGUCAGAUCUAUUUGCAAUGACAGUGCCUGAUCCUCCUGCUAUUACCAAGGGAGAUACCCAGAUUAUCAAAAGACACGAGCUUCUCCCCGAGCACAUUCCUGUGGUGCGAAUGUUCAUGAGUACAUUGGGACAAGAGGUAGCUGACAUAGUCAUAUCGCAUCUAUACAGAGACUAUGUUCACGCUAUUCCCCCAGAACUUACGGUGGAUGUGCUCUACGCUGCGGAUGAACUUUACUUAGACCGCUUGAAGCGGAUGUGUGCUGUGAACUUGACAUCCCGGUUUGCACAAUUUAGCUGGAACGAGUAUGUUUCCUGUGAAUCAAUUUAUGGAGUUGAUAUUUACGACUUUAUGAGAAUAGCAUGGGCCACUCGGUGCGACAGAAUAGAGCACCAUAUAUCGCAAAUGCUCGCACACAACCUCGCAUCCAUUGUUGCUGACGAAGAAAAAAAGGAAAAGCUCAUUGAACUUAUUAAAGAGAGUGCUCAUAGAAUCAAAGAAAGAGAGGAUGUGGAUACCAUUGAGUUGGUAGACGAUAUAAGAUACUAUAUCACCAAAAAGUACGGAGGGAAUCCCGACUGGCAAGUCAUGGAUCCUGUUGAACGCGACAACGAGAUCAUCGACUCUUUACUCACAUAUAUCGGACUCGAUGCUUAG